GCCCCGGCGAUGGCCUGAAAAAAGCUACCGAACAACAUUGGCAAUAUGGCGGCGUUUGUUUAUAAACAUUGCGAAGUGUAAACACGAUUUUUUCUUGAUUCAAAAGUAAUAAGAGUUUUAGUUACUGCUGCUUAAUGUAAAAUGCGUUGUAUUUAUGUGGAUACUUCGCAGAAUCAUAAGAUACUGCAGGUGAUUGCGGCCGCAGCAGCGGGUUAUGUCGGCUACGGGAUGGCAAGUCUUCUACUACCAGCGCUGGUUUGCAGCAAACUGCUGGACGUGACAGAUCUCCGAUGCGGGAGCUGGAGAAUGUUCCCAAAAGCAAACGAGCCUGUGCAGUGCUGCGUCCAGCGGACAAGGAAUGGUUUCACUGGAGGAGUUGGAGCACUUUCCGGGCAUGUUGCCGCUGCGGAAGCUGGAGAAUGUGACAAACAGCGAACCUGUUCAGUACUGCUUCCAACGGCCGGGGCAACGUUCUGCUUGAAGAGCAGGAGAAUGUGACAAGAACGCCCUUGCACAGAGCUGCACCCUCCGAACGAGGCAACGUUCAGCUGAAAGAGUUGAAUCAAGUUCCGGGAAUGUUCCAUUGCGGAAGUUGGAGAAGUUGCAACACAAGAAUGUACCUAUUUCAAGAAAAUGUAGGAUUCCAACCAAUAAAACUGUAAAAGAUAACAGUUUGUCUACGUUUUUUUCCAAACAUUCGCUCCGAAUAUACGUUUUUCGGACAACAAGAAAUCAUUGCAAAGCUACAUAGUUUUGAAGCGAAUCCGACUACAACUCCCGCUUCUGGAGAUUUUCGACUCCAGCACUCCAAAAGAUCCGACUUGGAAACCUACUCUGACUCCAACAACAGCGCCUAUACAAAUUCGCAAUUCGCAAUUUUCAGUGUAAGAACGGGCCUUGACCGAUCUUAUGCACUAGGUUCCCGACGAACACGCACUGCCCUUACACCUACA